AAAACACAUUACCGCGGUUAUUUUAGUGUUUGUUAAAAGUUAAAAUUUGCUAGCCAAAUAUGAAUUGCCUAGCUGUAAGCGACAACUUUUUAGCGAUAUCUAAAGGUCUUCACGUUGAUUGCUACAGUACACAGCAUAAUUUCUUCAAUGUUCCCUGCAAAAGUGAAUCGCAAGAAAACGACCGGAUUUCGGACAUAGCUAUUGCACCAGAUGAAAAGCAUUUAGCAGUAAUAACGUCAGUAUCUAAGCAGCUGCUAGUAUGCAAUUUACCAGGCAUGGAGACCACGAUUGCUUUUACUCUCCCAAGAAGUGCCAGUAAAAUAAGAUUCACUGCUAAUAACUCACAUGUAUUAGUCGCUGAUAAAAGUGGCGACGUCUUAAUUUACGAUAUUACUGAUGAGGAUUCUGGCACAAAGUUAUUGGGCCAUUUGAGCAUACUCCUGGACGUUCUACAAACUAAUGACGGGAAGUACAUUAUCUCAAGUGACAGAGAUGAAAAGAUUCGAGUAUCAUGUUUUCCAAACACCUACAAUAUACAAACCUAUUGUUUAGGUCAUAGGGAAUUUGUUAAUCACAUUGAGAUUUUACCUCAUUCUGAAAAAUAUUUGACUAGUGCUUCUGGUGAUGGAACAGUCAAAUGCUGGGAUUAUGUGACUGGUGCACUUUGCCACAAUAUUAAUGCCUAUCUAGAUGUAGACGAUGUUGGAUUAAAGGAACAUUUUGCGAAAAUAAUGGAUGAAGAAGGUGUGGAAGUCACUACACUUCCUAUUGUCCACUACACAGCCACAGCGCUGGAUGAAGACACUAGUGUUUUAGCCAUUGCCAUACACGGCUACAACAAAUUGCUCAUUUAUUCAUUGGAAACAAGGAACAAGCAAUUUCUUCAUAAAAAGGAAGACAGUGUUAUGUUGGAAAGAUUCCCUGCUGCUAUAAAAUUUCAUAAAUCUUCACUAUUUGUUUAUGAUGACGUGGAUAACACUGUUUGUAUCAUAAAGAUUGUUUGGAUAAAUAGUAAAUUGAAUUUUGAAUGUGAUAAGAAAUUAACAAUGUUUAUCAAUGUGAAUGUUAAUGGUGAGCUCAAUUCGAGCAUAGAUGCGAUCAAAGUGCUGUAUAAGAGGAAAUUUGAUAAUGUUCAAGAAUAUCAAGAGAGGAAAAAACAACGAUUAGAGAAGGUUUCUCAAUAAUAAAUGUAAUGAAUCUAUAAA